AUGUCCAACACAUGGGUUCUUGUGAUUUCCCUUAGCGAAGGAUCAUUCUUCGAAGAAAUAUCCCACCGAAUCUUGGCUACACUGAGAUCGAAGACGACAGUUCAGCUCGCAAGGGACCCGAAUUCAACUGUCCAGCUGCUUGCGCAGCAGCCAUCAUCCAUCCUCAUCGCAGACGAAGCAUUGACUCAAAACAAGUACUCCCAAAUUUGGGGUGCAGUCCUCCAGUGCAUACGCCAGGGCUCCACAGCUGUCGUUAUGGGGCAGUUUUCCUCCUUCGUCCGACCAGACAAUAUGAAACCCUUCUUUUCCCAGGCGGGAUUAUCCUGGGAUCGAGGCUCAUACACUCGGACGACAUUGGUGCUUAAUCAAGCAGCAACUGGGGAUGAAUUAGCUACAAAGUUGCCAAAAUCGUACAGUCAGAAGGCUUUGUUCGUGAAUAACGUCGUUUCUUCGGACAUGUGGUAUACGACGGAUGAGAGUUCUGUUGUUGAAUCACGCGUCUUCGGGCCGACCUCUGUGAAUACUCCAGGUGAAACACCGGUCGCGAUGGCUCGUGUUGGUGAGGGAAAACUUGGUUAUGUGGGAGAUGUCAACGCCGAAGUGGAGACAGAUGCUGUUAUCCUUGCUAUGUGCAAUCUACUUUAA